GUUGUCUCCAGUUUCCAUGCAGAGCAGAAAAGAUCAGCUAGCGAGAGAAGCAAUGGCGUCGGCUCCUGCGUUCUACGUCGCGCUGCUGCUGCUGCUGGCUUCCGUCGCUGCCGUCCAUGCGGUGCCGCCCCAGGCCGGCACGUCGUCCACCUGCAGCACUGACCUCCUCCGCCUCCUCCCCUGCCUGCCCUUCAUCGAGGGCACCGCCACCGUGCCGGCGGACACCUGCUGCGCCAACCUUGGCAGCAUGGUGCACGACGAGCCGCAGUGCCUCUGCCAGGCUCUCAGCAACCCCAGCACGGCCCCCGUCGCCGUCAACAUGACGCGCGUGAUGGCCAUGCCUCGGCUCUGCCGCCUCGACCUCCCGCCCGCCACCGGCGCCUGCGCAGUUGCCGGUCUUCUUCCCCAUGGACCAUCACCGCCGCUGCCACCGCCGCCGCCGCCGCCCGCGGCGGCGGUCACUCCACACGCAAGCGCCAACUCCAGUGCUCCAGCGACCCUCACCACGCCAGCGACGCCAACGCCGACGACACCACGUAUGAUACCGUCACCGUCGGUGAGCAGCCAGACGCCGCCGCGAUACAGCCGGGGGUCCAAGAUGAUAGCUCACGGCUUCUCUGUCACUCUUGGUUUCGUGGCAUUGGUGUCAGUCCUAGCUUUCUGAAGAAUUGAGCGGCAUUCGUCAGGCAGUUAGAAUUAUGUCUUAGAGAAAAUUAGUUGCUUUUCUGAUGGGCUUGUUUCCUAGAGAGACUAGCCGCCCAGGAAAAAAAAUACUGUAUGUCCAUCCCGGUUGUUCUUGUUCGGCUACAAGAUUUGUGUUUUCAGUUGC